UGCACCCUCUCCUGAGUCUUUCAAACUUAAAACAGCAACCGGCUUGGUACAGCUCAGUAAACAACUGUAAGCCAGUCAUUAGUGUUCAGGCUUCACUGCUCAAAACAACUCAAAGAACCGGCUUCCAUUAAUUAGCUGCUGUAGAAACACAGUCUAGCCCUCCAGCUCUUAUUAAGAAGUGCUCGAUCUAGUCUUACCAAAUGGAUAACAAGCUGGAUGUCUUCAGGAGGGAGUUAGUGGAUGUUCAAGGGAUCCCCCUCUUUUGGAGCAUCGCUGAGCAAUGGUCGCAAGUAGAGUCAUUUGAAGCCCGACCUGAUGACAUUUUGAUCUCCACCUAUCCCAAAUCUGGAACAACUUGGAUCAGUGAAAUACUGGACUUGAUCUAUAACAAUGGGGAUGCAGAGAAGUGUAAGCGGGAUGCAAUAUACAGACGAGUACCCUUCAUGGAGCUCAUCAUUCCUGGAGUAACAAACGGUGUUGAAAUGCUGAAUAACAUGCAGUCUCCUCGACUGGUGAAGACACAUCUGCCUGUUCAGCUGCUUCCUUCCUCAUUUUGGAAAAACGACUGCAAGAUGAUCUAUGUGGCACGGAAUGCCAAAGAUGUGGCUGUUUCUUACUAUUAUUUCCACCAAAUGGCAAAAAUGCACCCAGAACCUGGCACCUGGGAAGAGUUCCUCGAGAAAUUCAUGGCUGGGCAAGUGAGCUUUGGUCCCUGGUAUGAUCAUGUGAAGGGCUGGUGGGAGAAAAGAAAAGAAUACCGGAUUCUUUACUUGUUUUAUGAAGAUAUGAAAGAAGAUCCAAAGUGUGAAAUUCAAAAAGUAUUAAAGUUUCUAGAAAAAGACAUGCCAGAAGAAGUUGUAAAUAAAAUCCUCUACCAUAGCUCCUUCAGUGUAAUGAAGGCGAACCCUAGUGCAAAUUACACCACUAUGAUGAAAGAGGAGAUGGACCACUCUGUGUCUCCUUUCAUGAGGAAGGGUAUUUCAGGUGAUUGGAAGAAUCAGUUCACUGUAGCCCAGUAUGAGAAAUUUGAAGAAGAUUAUGUCAGGAAAAUGGAAGAGUCAACACUAAAGUUUAGAUCAGAGAUCUAGGGAGUGUUUGCUUCUUAGUCUCCUUUGGCAGGCACUAAAUUUACAGGAAAAGCACAUUCAUGGUUCAGUGAAAGAAAAUGUUGUAUAUUAUUUUUCUGUAUUUACUAAAAUUCAUGGUCUUCAAAUAUACAAAAAUAAAGUAAGAAUGUUCUCCUAAUUAUCUUCCUUA